GUGCAUAUCUGUUGUGGAACAAAACCUAAUUAAAUGUAAACACGCACGAAGAUGUUUAGGUGAGGAAUAGGAUAUAUGAACACGACCUACUGUAGUCGGCCGUGGAGAGCACUCACCGCCAUCACUAGCACCAGUGACCUGGAUGAGAGAGUGCCAGCAUGCCAGAGUACAGACUGAUCUACUUCGACGCCAUGGGGCGGGCCGAGCUCGUACGGUGGAUCUUCGCCAUGGCGGACAUCGCUUACACUGACGAGCGGGUGUCCUCAGAGGACUGGCCGGAGAGGAAGAAGAGUAUCCCAGGCGGGAAGCUGCCGGUGCUGAUGGUGGACGACAAGGUGCUGAGGCAGUCCAUGGCCAUCGCCAGGUACGUGGCCAGGGAGGCCGGCCUCGUCCCGCAGGACAACCUGGAGGCCGCCUUCUGUGACUCCCUCGUCGAGACCGUCUCAGAGAUCCUCCUUCACCUCCACAAGAUUAUGAGGACCACAGAGGACCAGCAGGAGAGGAACACCAAGAUAGAGCAGGAACUCAUCCCCAACUACGUGGAGCCCUUCUUCACCAGCCUCGACUCCCAGAUCCAGGACCACGAGUGGUACUUCGGGGACCAAGUGACCUGGGCUGACCUGAUGAUCGGACGGGCCUUCUGCACGAUGGUACUCACCAACGAGGACCUCUUUAACAAGUUCCCGGCUGUACGCUCCUAUGUUGAGAAGGUGUGUGCUCUGCCUGGCAUACAAGACUGGAUCCAGAACCGCCCGCAGACCACCUUCUAGUCCCAGAGCGCUCCACUCGUGUCAUUAUAGUCCCAGAGCGCUCCACUCGUGUCAUUAUAGUCUCAGAUCACUCCACUCAUGUUCUUAUAUUCCUAGCUAGCACUCCACUCAUGUCUUUAUAGUCCAAGAACCGUCCAGGCAAGUGCUAAAUGAAUUGCUGUCUGCUAACGUUGUAAUAUAUUUUAUGUAUCGAUCUUGUACUUACCAAAUAAGCAGAUAAAUGUAUAACAUAACAUGCUUGUCAUGUAAUACUUCUAAUGCUGUGCACAUUUUUAAUUGUGAGCCACCCCAUGCAGCUGGCAUUGCCAUUUUCUAGCACAAAAUAUGUGGAGUUUGUGGAAGUUAAAGAAGGCAUGAACUCUAACAUGUUCAUGCCUUACACUGAUAUAUCAGGAAGGCAUAUUUGUAGGGAGAUAUGGUGUCGCAAACUUUUCAGGUGUGUGUAGGGCCACACACCUGUUGCAUGCUUGUAGGACUCUCAUGGCUGUUGUUGGCAACACUGUUACCCUGCUAAGGGAUGAAGCCUAAACAUCACCCAACGAUAACCGCUUGAAAUUAUGAGAUUAUGUCAGCUGUUGUUGGUAUUAUGUCAGCUGUUGUUGGUAUUAUGUCAGCUGUUGUUGGGAUUAUGUCAGCUGUUGUUGGGAUUAUGUCAGCUGUUAUUGGUAUUAUGUCAGCUGUUGUUGGGAUUAUGUCAGCUGUUGUUGGGAUUAUGUCAGCUGUUGUUGGGAUUAUGUCAGCUGUUAUUGGUAUUAUGUCAGCUGUUGUUGGGAUUAUGUCAGCUGUUGUUGGGAUUAUGUCAGCUGUUGUUGGGAUUAUGUCAGCUGUUGUUGGGAUUAUGUCAGCUGUUAUUGGUAUUAUGUCAGCUGUUGUUGGGAUUAUGUCAGCUGUUGUUGGGAUUAUGUCAGCUGUUGUUGGGAUUAUGUCAGCUGUUAUUGGUAUUAUGUCAGCUGUUGUUGGUAUUAUGUCAGCUGUUGUUCGAGUCAUGUCAUCUCUUAUAGUCAUGUCACUUUGUGUAUGAUGAUUAGACUGUCAUGAGCUGUGUGUAAAUAUUCUCACUAUUUAAUUUAUGUUAAUGAGUUAAUACAUGAAAGUGCACCA